AGUCACACUCCCACCAUUUUCUUCGUCUUCUUCCUAUUCAAGGAAAAAACUCUCUCUCUCUCACACACACACUUUUCUUCUUCUUCUUCCUUUGGUUUUUAGAAUACAAAGGGUUUUAGGGUUUAACUACACGGCUUAAGUGUCCGUACGGUAUCUUCAGCUCAAGCAGGAUCACGCUAAUCUAAUGGAUUGGUCAGACGAAGAAGGAGAGAUUCUACCUGAAUUUGUCGAUGAUUACUAUUUCGUUGAUCAAAGUGACACACCUAUCAGCUUUUGUGAACUACCAGUCAAAUGGGACAACGAAGAUUCAGCUGCCAGCUCGGGACUGCCCGUGUAUUUGCGUGGCAGCACUUACUGUGGAUACGAGUCACUUUAUAAGCUCGCCAAAGCGUGGAAGUUUGAUCUCUCUGAUGAACAUCCCAAGAUCGAAGUGCUUCUAUAUGGGAUGCACUGGAUAACUCUACAGAACCCAGCAAAGAGUUAUGAAGCUUUAGUUAGAACAAUUCUGGCCACCCUUCAGUGUCUUCACUUUGUUAAAAGGAAUCCGGAGGCAUCAAGCGUCGAUGUGUGGAACAGUUUACACAAAGCUGAUGGGAUCCAACCUUCAGAGCAUGACUUAUCAGAUCAUGUUGCUUUGCUGUGUCAAGCUAUGAAAAGGGAUGAAGAUUUAACAAAAUCAAAGUGCUUGCGUAGAUUUCUGGAGAUGACUUCACAAACAACAUCUAUCGAAGUGGAACUUCCAACGCACCAUCAACAAGAUGAGCAGACACCAAAAGAAGAGAAUUUCACUGUUGAUAAUAUGACAGACGAGGAAAACAGCAGUGAUGAUGAUUCUGCGAUGAACCUGCAGUUUGAUACAGUCUGUUCUUUUUGUGACAAUGGUGGUUACAUUCUGUGUUGUGAAGGAAGCUGCUUGAGAUCUUUCCAUGCAACUAUAGCUGAUGGAAUUGACUCAUCAUGCCAAUCACUAGGAUUCCCUGAUGGGACUCAAGUUCAUGCACUCGGGACGUAUUUGUGUGAUAACUGUCUCUACAAACAGCAUCAAUGCUAUGCUUGUGGUCAACUGGGAUCAUCUGAUGAAAAUUCCUCUCAAGAGGUCUUCCCUUGUUCCGCCUCAAAUUGCGGUCAUUUCUAUCAUCCAAUAUGUGUUGCAAAACAUCUUUAUGCUGGUGAUCAAAACAAGUCGGAAGAACUUCAAGCCAAGAUUGCUGCUAGAGAUUCCUUCUGUUGUCCUCUACACAUAUGUAAACUCUGUAAGACAAGUGAAAACAAGAAUGUAUAUGCGUUGCAUUUUGCUGUAUGCAGACGCUGCCCAACCGCUUACCACAGAAAAUGUUUACCUUGGGAGAUUACUUCUGAACUCAACUGUGACAAGGAAACACCUCAAAGGACCUGGGAGAGACUGCUUCCAUACAAUCGCAUUCUGAUGUACUGUUUGAACCAUGAGAUAAUAGGUCAUCUUGCUACUCCCGCUAGAGACCACUUAAUCUUUCCUGAUAAAGCUGGCCUAAGAACACAGAGUCACGGGCUUGCACCUGUCAAAGUGGAUGUUUCGGGUAGGAUGACGGAUUUUAAGCAUCAUGGGGGUCUACCUGAUCGUCUUGGUAUUAAUGAAUCUAGGAAACCAAGGAUGAAUUUAAGUUUCAAUAAUAAUCUUAUGAAACGGAAGAUGGAUAGCAUUGGUCAAAAGUUGUUGAAAGAAGAAGGUCCUUCCGCCUUUGCUGAGCCUAUCAGAGAAGACGAGGAUGAGGAGCCGAGUUUACACAGGGUGAUGUCUAUAAUCGAGGAAGUGGAAUCUUCGUUUAACUUUGAUGAGUACAUGAAGUCUCGUGGGGCAACCCAUGUAAAAUCCUACCAUUCAGGAAAUGAUAUCGUCAAAAACAUCACCACAGGAUUGGUUAAGACUCAUGUCAAUGCCGCUCGAGCUGCGUUAAAGAUGUUUGAGGAAGGGCGCGAGGAAGAUGCAAGAGCUAUAUUUGGUCCAGAUGACCUACUCCAACUCAUGAAGCAUAAGACGAAGCUUGAAAUUUAUCUUUCGCCUUUUCUCCAUGGUAUGCGCUAUACAUCGUUUGGCCGACACUUCACAAAACCAGAGAAACUAACAGAGAUAGUAGAGAGGCUCCACUUGUAUGUGCAGAGUGGAGAUACGGUAGUCGACUUUUGUUGUGGCUCAAAUGACUUCAGUUGCAUGAUGAACGAAAAGCUCGGGAAAAUGGGAAAAUUAUGCUUUUUCAAAAAUUUUGAUCUCAUUCCACCUAAGAAUAACUUCAACUUUGAAAAGAGAGAUUGGUUGAGUGUGAAGAAAGAAGAGUUACCCGACGGCUCUCAACUAAUAAUGGGGUUAAACCCGCCUUUCGGUUACAAAUCCAGUCUUGCUAACCGUUUCAUCAAGAAGGCCCUCGAGUUUAAACCGAAGAUUUUAAUCCUCAUCGUACCAAGUGAAACAAAAAGGGUCGAUGAGAUAGCUGAUUAUGACUUGAUUUGGAAGGACACCAAUAUGCUUCGUGGCAUGUCGUUCUACUUGCCCGGAUCGAUAGAUGUUAAUGAUAAAACAAUAGAGCAGUGGAACAAUUUACCACCACCUCUGUACCUUUGGAGCCGAAGGGAUUGGAGUGGAUACCACAAGACUAUAGCACUUCAACAAGGUCACAUAACACAGAUGCAUCACUCCACUUACACAGAGGGUCUCCAUCACGCACCGAUCCCUCAAGAUGAGGAUGAUGACAAUGGUAUGGUACAAGACAUGGACAUAUCUCCUGUUAGUUAACUCAUUGAGACAAAUCACUGUCUUGAGACCCUGUUUUGUAUAGUAGCACCAUUUGUCUUUGGGCCUUGGGAGUCUUCCUUAAGUUAUUAUUACUACCGUGG